CAAAACAAGUAAAGGUAAAAACUAUUCCCAGACAUGUCCGACGAAUUAGCCCAACAAACCGAAGAAUUAUCCCUUGAUUCCAAGACUGUUUUCGAUAGCAAGGAUGAAUUUACUGCCAAGCAUCCCUUGAAUUCCAGAUGGACCUUAUGGUAUACCAAACCUCAAGUCAACAAGAACGAAAACUGGCACGACUUGUUAAAGCCAGUUAUUACUUUCUCCAGCGUGGAAGAAUUCUGGGGUAUUUACAACUCGAUCCCACCUGCCAACCAAUUACCUUUAAAAUCCGACUACCACUUGUUCAAAGAAGGAAUUAGACCAGAAUGGGAAGAUACUGCCAAUUCCAAGGGUGGUAAAUGGCAAUUCUCCUUCACAAAGAAACACGAAAUCAACCCAGUCAUUAACGAUUUGUGGUUGAGAGGAUUGUUGGCCGUGAUUGGUGAAACUAUCGAAGAUGAUGAAAACGAAGUUAACGGGAUUGUAUUAAAUAUUAGAAAACAAGCUUAUAGAGUUGGUAUUUGGACUAAGGAUUGCGAAGAUUCAAAAUUAAAGACUGUAGGUGAAAGAUUGAAGAAGGUUUUACAAUUGAAGGAUGAACAAAAGGUAGAAUUUAUUUCUCAUGAUGCAUCAAAUAUUAGGGGGUCUGAACCACAAAUUGUGUUGUAAGCUAGCAAAUGCUACUGCACGAUCAAACAAAUCAAACAGCUAGUAUAACCUAGCAGUAUAAAGUGUAAUUUAUAUGCUAUAGCUAAUUAGUUUAUGAAUAAAUGUAUAACUGUAAUCUAAUUUACUUUCUCAUUGACGAAUUCCUCAACCCGUUCCCAAUACUCGUCUUGUACCACCGUGUCGUUAUGGGUGGACUGCUCAUACUUCCAUUUAAUCUUGAUUUCACUGGGUAACUUCUUGUAUAUCUCAUCCAUGUGACUUGGCGGAACAAUCUCGUCUUGUCUUGCACUCAUCAACAUCACAGGGAUAUUUUCGUUGAUCCUCGGCACUAAACUCUCCAGAUCCCAAAUUUGAUUAACAAAUAACGUAAAGUACUUUAACAAAGGAAACACAUGUGGCACAGUCUUGGGUAUAGAUAAGAACGUAUUUUCGAGUAUGAUCCCACUGACCAAAUCGCCAUACUUUUCAGCAAUGUAUAUAGCAACAGCACCACCUAACGAACGUCCAUACAACACAAUCUUGCUUGACGAAUACUGUUUAUCCAGUUUCAAAUACUCCAUGACACAGUCAGCAUCAAUUUUGAGACCCUUCUCCAGGGGUGUUCCUGUGGAAUUCCCGUACCCUCUAUAACUAUAUAUAAACACAUUAUAUCUAAAUCUAGCAUACAACAAUUGAACUAUAGGUAAAGCGUAUCCUAUAUUCCCAGCAUUGGGUGAAAGUAUAAGAAUGGUCUUGUUGGUGUAAUUGUUAGUUAUAUCUUGUUUCAACAGGAAACAUUCAAGGGUUUCUCCGUCAGGGGUAGUUAGUUUUACCGCCUCGUAUUCCAUACCAUAUUCGUCUGGGGUUGAUACGUGCGCUCUGGCACCAUUCAUGGAAGACGGGUAAAUGAUGGAUGAUUGGUAGGUGUAUAGCCCACCUAGGGCCAAUGCAGCUACAGUUAUCCCGAUCGCUGCCAUAGAUUUGGCUAUUCGAAAGAUUGAUUCCAUUCGUUGUGAACUUGAAACAAAGUGCUG